CAUCGAUAUGCCUAUCCUAUUUUCAUUUCUUUGCGUGGAGGAAAUUAUAUAUAUAAUUACGACUGAUAAAAAAGCAUAGACUAUAGCUAUAGCGGUCGAGGAUCGCACAAGUGGGACAUAGCAUUUCCCGAGCUUGGAUUCGUGGAGAAAGAGUUUGCGACGCUGGGAGGCUUGGCGGAAGACUUUUUUAAGACAUAUUUUACUGGUAUUCGUUUCUGUUUCAUUCUACUUACUCCAAAGGCAAGGUCAGUGGGGCUUCAUUUUACUUGAGUAUUAACGCAAAGGCUGCGUACUAGUAGGCGGCCCAACAUCUUACGUCAACUGACUCCAAAUUAUACUGCAAAAGUAAGAUGAUAAUUGCAGGAGUCUGUCCUGGAGGUUCUCUUUUUAAACAGAAUCGACACAAACUAGAAGUAUGAUAGGAAGAUUUAGAUUGCGAAGAAGAUCAGCACUACGUCACGACCUCUUCUAAUUCUCACACAAAGAAGGGAAUCAAUGGCAGAAAAGAUGGCAUUCUGCAAAAAAUAAGGAUACGGCGCAGGUGGUUACGUGCCGCCAGGUGUGGAGUCUGUAGCCAAUUCGGUUGUAGAAGAGGAUGCUGACACUAACGCGGCAAGGCGUCGUGGUCCAGAUCCCGUGGAAUCGUUUUGCUUUUGUUGUUAUACACAAGAGGCAGAAGAAUUUCCUGGGACCGAGAAAGUGAAAGUCCUACUACUAGAAGCUUUCAAGCAGCAGUCCAGACGAUGUGGAGACGUCGGGCAGAAGGAGAACUGGUGCAAAAUAUCAUGAAAGCUCUGGCUUUCGGCUUAGAGCAAGGUUUCUUCGUAGAGCAAGGUACGACAAGCCUAGUAGAGCCUUGCGUGUGUCAGCAAAGACGAAGUUGCCAAAGUUGUUGAUGCAGCAAAACGACCAAGGAUCCCCUACGGCGAACAUACGGAUUACACUGGGUUCACAUUCCUAUGGCGAUCUGGAAUGAAAUUCCUAUCCUUGGAGACGACGAAUAAGUCGUGAGAAUGCAGGAGACUCAAUAGAACUCUGGGCCUGGAGGUCGGUGGAAAAGCAAUCUGCACAGGGUUUUGGAUUAGGAGGGGAG